AUGGGCCGUCUUUACAAACUGCCAUUUAAGCGCGGAAGGAAUAGCAUCCCGGUCAAUGUGCUCUGUCGUGGCGCCCUUAGCCCGGCUCUUCGAUAUGGGAGCGAGGGCAAAAGUACACUCGACAGAAAUGGCGAUUCAGGUUGUAAAUAUCCCAAGGCAUUUCUCGCCCUUCUUCCUGCCCUGAACAUGGUAUGUAUCUCGCUGUCGUGGUCAACUAUGUUAUACGGCAUAACCAUCCUCUUCUUUAUAUUAAGCCCCUUCGCCCUUGGAGCUGAUUCCAAAAACAAUUUCAAGAACCCUUCCUCGUGGACAGACAUCAACCCAGUCUGGACAAUAGGGGAAACCCAGGUCAUUGCGUGGGAGACAACGCUGGGCGAGUUCAACAUCUCGUUCUGGCAGCAGAGUAUUAUACAAGAAUCAGCCGCAAGUCAAGGGAAUGUCUACUCUAAAAUCCAUUCCAGCGAUAAAGUCAGCAAUUUCACCUGGACUGUGCAGCUCUACGGCUUCGAUCUUGACUACUCGAAUGUAUUCUUCUUCUGGAUAAACUCUGAUACCCCUGAAGGAUUUACCUCUGCGUACUUUAAUAUCUCAGAGCCCGAUGCUACUUCGACCACCGAUGGUACCGCUACUCAUUCACCCUCCUCUAUAACGAACACUACGUCCUCCAUAUCCAGCUCCACGGCGUCAGACACCCCUCCUACAACUCCUCCUUCCUCAGAGCAAACUACAACCUCAAAAAUCGCUCUCGGGGUCGGAAUUGGUAUCGGUCUUCCCGUCCUCGCCGCUCUCGCCUUCAUCAUCUGGCUACGAAUGCGGCCAUCCACAGAGCAGAACCAAACCACGAAGGCCGUGCUGCCGAGUCCGCCAGAACUGUAUGGGGAUAUCAUACACCAGCCUCCGCAUCCAUCGCCAAAGGAGGUUCAUGGGUCGGAACCGCCUCGGGUGUAUCCUGAGUUACCAAGUCGGCCGUAUACUUAG